GUUAAGCAUUUCAUCCCAAAUGCACAGCCAGCCAGGCAGCUGCUCUUCUUGACCUUCUAUCGCGCACCGUGGGCUGCCCUCUCCCGCUCUCCCUCCAUGCUGCUGUUUCGCGCUCAGACAGCAGCAGCUCAUCGCGUGCUCGUCGGGCAACGAUAUCCAACGGAACUAAGAGAGAAGACGAAUAAAACUGCCGACGAUGAAGAGAAAGUCCACAGACAUCUCUUCUUAUUUUAAGAAGAAAAUUACAGCAGGAGGAGAGAAAGAAGUGACAGGGGAGCAACAUAGGCUUAGUGAGGAUAAGGAGGAGGAUGGAGGAGAGGAACAGACAGAACAGGAUGACAAGGAUACACAGCCAGUAUUAGUAAAGCACAGUGAGGAGGAACAUCAGACAGCAGCAGACCAGGGACAGUCAGCACCAUUGGUCACAGAAGCGCGACAAAACUCAGCAAAAGCAGGUGUUCGACCUGUUCCUGGACCAACAGAUAUCUCCCAGUCAAGAGCAGAGCAGCCCAAGCAGCCACAUCUGAAAGUCUUCCCUCAUACCUAUCCAGGGGACAGAAGACGAUGCUUCUCUAAAGACUGGUACAACACACAUAAAUGGCUGGAAUACUCUCAGAGUAAAGACUCUGCCUACUGUUAUGCCUGCCGGCACUUCAGUCUCCCCUCCUCAGGUGGUUCAGUAUUUACAUCUGAAGAGGGGUUCAAUCAUUGGAAAAAGGCAACCUUCAAAGAUGGGGGACUUUUAGGCCAUGCCAAAUCUGAAGCACAUAGUAAUGCCAUGUUAGCAUGGGCAGAGCAUGAAAAAUCCACUUCAACCACAUCCUCUCUGUCAGCCUCCUUAGAUACAGAAUACAAUAAAUUAGUGAAGGAAAAUAGAGAGUACAUUAAAGUUGUUGGAGAAACCCUGCUCCUCACAGCUAUGCAGAACAUAGCACAGAGGGCUCAUAAAGAAUCAGAAGGUGAGAAUAAAGGACAUUUUCUUGCUAUUAUGGAACUGCUAGCCAAACACAAUCCCACAGUCAAAAGAAAAAUGACAAGUCAAAGAAAUGCAACAUAUCUUGGGCAUGAUACACAAAAUGAAAUAAUUGAUUGUCUAGCUGAAAUGGUCUGCACUUCAAUAACUAGUGAAGUUACCCAAAGUGAGGCUUUCAGCAUUUUGGUUGAUGAGAGUAAAGACCUAAGCAAAAAAGGACAGAUGUCCUUUGUAAUAAGAUACUAUUACAAAGGGUCAGUAUGUGAGAGCUUCCUUGCCUUUAAGGCAGCACAGCGCCUCGAUGCUGCAUCACUUUCACAGAAAAUAAUUCAAAUGUUGCAGAAGCAUGGCCUUGACUACAAAAACCACCUUGUAGGGCAAGCAUAUGACGGAGCCUCAGUCAUGAGCGGGAAAAACACAGGUGUGCAAGCACGCAUGAAAUCAGAGGCCCUAUUAGCUUUUUAUGUGCACUGCAAUGCACAUUGUUUAAAUUUAGUAUUAGUUGACAGUGUGAAAUGCAUCCCUGAAGCUAAUUGCUUCCUUUCUCUUUUGCAGAAACUCUAUGUCUUUGUGUCAGGGUCAUAUGUGCACCAAAGAUGGCUUGAGGUACAGAGAGAGAUCUUUCAGGGGGCCCCAAGAGAGUUACAAACUGAUAGAUACACGGUGGCCAUGUAGGUAUAAUGCUUGCAAGACAGUGAGAGACAGACUGCCAGCCAUCAUACAUCUACUAAAAGAAAUGUCAGAAGAUCAAAAUGGUGACAGAGCUAUAGAGGCAAGAGGUUUAUUAGCCCAAAUAGAUCUCAGGUUUGUUAGCCUCCCUGUAACAUUCACCAGUGUUCUUGGUGAGAUAAAACAUCUGUCAGAUAUUUUACAGUCCCCACAACUUGAUUUGACACAUUGGAGAGUUACAGAGAAGGCUCUCUCUUUAAUGACAUCUGGGACAAUACUGUAACUCUGACAGAGCAAUGUAACAUCAGUGCCACACCUCCAGGCCGUCAGGUUAGACCAAGCUGUUUGCUUGAGGGCAUCACUUGUUUACUCCAAUAGUUCAAAGACAAGUCAGCACAGAGAAGGAGUCCUUUCGGACAGGUCUAUUCGUUCCAGUUAUUGAUGUGUUUCUCUCUGAGGUGAAGAGAAGAUUUUCUAAAGAAAAUUAUAUCAUAAUGAAAGGGAUACAGUGCAGCGCCACAUUUGGUGAGAAAGAUGUAGUGUUGCCAUUUGCCUCACAAUACAACUGCAAUACUGAGGAUCAACAAUAUGAGAUCCAACAGCUUAAGCGCAUUCUUGAGAGGAAGCAAAGUAGUGGUCCAGAAACACCAAAGGCAUUAAUAGAGCUCACUGUCUUUCUGGAGCCAUAUAAGGAGGUCUUCCACCAAAUGUUUAAAGUGGGCAAAAUUGCACUUGCGUUACCUGUGAGCACUGAAACCUGUGAGCGGAGUUUUUCUAUGCUAAAGUUAAUCAAAACUGCCUUGAGAAGUACCACGGCUGAUAAAUGUUUAAGCAAUUUGGGUGUGCUGAGUGUAGAAUCAAGAAGGGCUAGGCCUAUAAACCUUGAUGACUUUGUGGAUGUGUUUGCCAAAAAAACAUAGCCACAAGCGAAUAAAGCUGUUCUGAAACCAGGUGAUAAGAAUCCGACUAUUGAUCCCUGUUGGGAAAUUCCUGUUACGUAAAGUAAAGAUAUGACUGUUUCUGUAUUUGCUUUUAUUUAUAUCUGCCAGUAUCUGCUUUCCUCCAGUAAUUGUUUUGUUCACAAUAAAUGCACUCCUUAUUCCUAAUAUAAUUACACAAUAAAACGGAAUCGUAGUGCAAUUCAAAAUGUUAACUGUACUGUUUUUAGUCUAUGCACAUUAGAUCAUUAGUAAUAUUAAAUAUAACACAAUAAAUCAAAGUAUAUCAGUAAGCGUUUCCUUAAGUCUUUCUGAUUUGCUACAGGCAGGUUUACUACAACAGUACAAUAAAAUCCUGAAAUUAUGGCUUUCAGUGUCAAUGUGCCACCCCAAGAAUUUAAGUGGCCCCAUCUGGCAACCCCUAUGAAACAUUUCUGGAGGCACCACUGCUUCAUGGUAAAUGGACUGAACUUAUACAGGUCCUUCUCAAAAUAUUAGCAUAUUGUGAUAAAGUUCAUUAUUUUCCAUAAUGUCAUGAUGAAAAUUUAACAUUCAUAUAUUUU